CUGCGUGCUUUUUGGCGUUUGUAUGUACGCCCUGUUUAAUGGGCACAAACAACUGCAUUGGAUCUUGAAUACUCUUUCAUGCGUUUUCCACAUCUCGAUCGCGACAGCACACAACAUCCUCUCUCUUAUUCUAUUUCUGGAGGCCUUUACAAAUCCUGCUAUAGUAUCCAUUCCGGACGGAACUAUCAUAUACUUGUUCAGGAGCACACCUUUGACCAAGACCAUGGGGGGAUUGUUUCUUCUCAACGGCCUCGCUCUAAAUUUACUGCUAAUCUGGAGGCUUUAUAUGGUUUGGAAUUGCAAGUGGAUUCUUGCUUUUGUCAUGCUAAUUCUGGAAGCUGCACAAUUCGCAACUGGUGUCGCAAACUUGGCCAUGCUCAUAACCAAUCGCAUCUUCUCGAAUACUGCCAUAGCUUUGGGAAACACUAGUUGCGCAUGCGAUCUUGCUCUUACUAUCAGUGUCACGUCCGGAAUCGCAUAUCGUCUUUGGCGGGCGAGCCGAGAUAUAUCUGAUCUAACCAAUCACAAUUCCUACAAAACUGCCAUGUAUACUGCAAUCGAGUCCGGUGCGAUCUAUACCAGUAGCAUCGUGGUCGUGUGCGCUCUGUACCAAUCCGGCAGCAAUGCUUUUGGCAUGGCAAUUAAUGUUGCUAUCCAGAUUUCUACUUUGACCCCACUUCUUCUCAUCGCUAGUGUUAGCUUUGGCCUGAUGCACCGUGCAUAUCCUGAAGCAUCAACAUUUACGGAGCCCACUUUCGUUCGACCAAUCCAGGUCACAAUCACCCAGGAGACCCGUACCCACCCUCUAUACACUAUGGAUUCUAUUACAGAAUCUACUGAAAAGCGUCAGAGUAUACGGGUAUAUCAUGACGACGUAUAGUGAAAUUGGCUGCACGGAUUCAAUUCCUCCCAUCGAUGGAGGGAGCGUAGACGUGCCAAUAAGCAGGGAGUUUGCAGUGAUUCAUGCUGCACUUGCGUCGGAAACUCGAGGAAUCCAGGUGAAGAUCAUUAAAUGACUCCAGGAACUGACAAUCUUUCAACACACGCGACGACGUUUAGCCAUACAAGUGCUGCCUUCUAUUCCUGGCACGCAGAUUUUCCUAGGCUGGACAUUACAGGACUGGCCUUUGUGCGAGUUCUGGAAGUUUAGCGAUGGGCGGAGCCAUGGAUCUACGGUGGCGCGCUAAUAGGCUUUCUGAUGGGCGAGGGAUUGCGCUGGGAUGGGCAGUAGCUGAUUAGAUACGCUCUGGCGUUUGACAGUACAAAUAUGAAUAGUUGUCACGUGACGUUGUAUGAAAUAUUUGUGAUCAAUGCAGAAUCUCAAUCCUGCGCACUCCUUC